AUGAAGCCUUUGGAGAAAUUUCUGAAGAAGCAAGGCUCUCACUUGGCUGCCCGGGCUGGCCCUGGGACCGGAGGGCAGCUACCCCGCCGGCAAAGCGUCUCCAAGAUCCUGCUGCCCGGAUUCCUCAAAGAGCCAUCCGAAGAUCUGCCUGAAGGCGGCAUGGAAACCUCUGGCGACGGCCACUGGCUGGAGCUGCGGCCCCCCGAUUCUGCUCUGCGCUCCCCAACGUCCUUCUCGUCCGAAGAGCUGUCCCCGGGGGGUGGCGGCAGUGGCGAGACCCAGCUUAGCCCCGACUCGGUGCCCACCUGCUGCUGGGCACCGCUGGCGGAACCCGAGAGCCCCGAUCGGUUGCUGGGCAGGCUGCUGGAGAGGCUAGGAGGGGACCCGACAGCUCCCCAUGGGCAUGGCUGUGGUUCAGACCUGCUCCUAGAUGACAUUGUCCUCACCCACUCGUUGUUCCUGCCCACGGAGCAGUUCCUGCAUCAGCUGCACCAGCACUUCAUGACCGCAUCGACAAUCCCAUCACCGCCAUGUUGGAAGGAAGGAGAGGCCAUGCACCGGAAGCGAGCAGUCUUGGUUAUUUUGCUGCACUUCCUUGAAACCUACAAGGGGAUACUGCAGGAGGAAGAGAAAGCAGGCAAAGUCAUCAAGGAUCUGUAUCUGCUGAUCAUGAAGGACUCAUCCCUAUACCACAAACUGGAAGAUGAAAUUUUGAAGCUACACCAGCUUGUGGAGACAGUUGAGCUCAAGGUGACUGAAGAAAGCCAUCCACCCAGCAAACAAGUCAAACCCCUGUUCAGGCAUUUUCGGCGCAUAGAUUCAUGUCUCCAGACGCGGGUUGCUUUCCGUGGGUCAGAUGAAAUCUUCUGCCGUGUCUACAUGCCCGACCACUCCUAUGUCACCAUCCGCAGCCGCCUUUCGGCUUCUGUGCAGGACAUCCUCACCUCAGUGACUGAGAAGCUCCAGUAUUCUGAUGAACAGCCCACACGAGAGGAGGCACUCAUCCUGGUGGCAGUAGCAUCAUCAGGCGAAAAAUCUGUGCUACAGCCCAAUGAAGAGUGUGUUUUCACUACUCUGGGGAUAAAUAGCCACCUCUUUGCCUGCACUAAGGAUACUUUUCCUUCUCUGGUCCCUCUUCCAGAUGAAAUCCAGGUUUCCCCAGGUGAUACAGAGAUCCACCGGGUUGAAGCUGAGGAUGUGGCCAAUCACCUCACAGCCUUCCAUUGGGAAUUGUUUCGCUGUGUCCAUGAGCUAGAGUUUGUGGACUACGUGUUCCACGGAGAACGUGGCCGGCGGGAAACAGCCAACCUGGAGUUACUGCUGCAGCGUUGUAGUGAAGUUCAGCACUGGGUGGCCACGGAGGUGCUGCUCUGUGAGUCACUGGGGAAGCGGGCCCACCUUCUCAAGAAGUUCAUCAAGGUUGCAGCCGUAUGUAAACAGAACCAGGAUAUGUUAACAUUCUAUGCUGUGGUUAUAGGGCUGAACAACGCACCUGUCAGCCGUUUGCGUCUCACCUGGGAGAAGCUUCCAGGAAAAUUUAAGAACCUGUUUCGGAAAUUCGAGAACCUAACUGAUCCCUGCAGGAACCAUAAAAGCUACAGAGAAAUCCUGUCUAGGAUGAAGCCCCCUAUUAUUCCCUUUGUGCCUCUCAUCCUAAAAGAUCUGACAUUUUUGCAUGAAGCUAGCAAAACCUUGGUGGAUGGAUUGGUCAAUGUAGAGAAACUGCACUCAGUAGCAGAGAAAGUUCGGACAAUCAGGAAGUGCCGGAGCAGGCCCCUCUGCCUGGAAAUGGAGUCAUCUCCCCAGCAGCUGCAGACGAAAGCUUAUGUCCGGCAGUUUCAAGUUAUUGACAAUCAGAACCUACUCUUUGAGCUUUCCCACAAGCUGGAGUCAAACAGCCAAUGAGACCACUGUCCACAGAUGGCUAUCACUGGCAAAGAAUGUUUACUCUGCGUGAUACUCGAGCACUUUUGGAUGUAAAGGCGUUCGUCUGGGGGUUUGUCCUGAUUGGAAAGGAUGACAUGGGAUCACUAAAUGGCAGGGAUGGCCCAAGACAUUUUAGUGCUGA